UACUGAAAAAUUCUCGAGCAAAUUGAAGUGAGAGCACCAGAAAUUUAAUUGUCCACGUAAUAAAUAUGGAAAUAUAUAUGCUUAGAUAAAGUUGAUAAGUUUUCAUAUUCAAUUCUCCAGAUCAUAGUUAGAUAGGAUGUCAGGUCAAAGACCCAAGUUGAUAUCGAUAGAUGCAUUUGCAAAGACUGUGGAAGAUGCAAGAAUCAGAACUACUUCUGGUGGGAUAAUCACUUUAUUAUGUAUUGCGAUAGUACUAUUUUUAAUUAGAAGUGAGUAUGUGGAGUAUACUUCAAUUAUCACUAGACCUGAAUUGGUGGUUGAUAGAGAUAUAAAUAAAGAAUUGGAUAUUCAUUUGGAUAUAUCAUUCCCUAAUUUACCUUGUGAUAUCAUUUCUUUGGAUUUAUUAGAUGAAACUGGUGAUGUUCAAUUAAAUGUAUUAAGAUCAGGAUUUCAAAAAUUUAGAAUUAUUCAAGACUCAAAUGGUCAUAAAUUAGAAGAACUUUUGGAUGUUGAUUCAACCCCAUUGAACAAUGAUAUUUCAUUAGAAGAAUUAGCUAAGGGUUUAAAAGAAGGUGAACAAGGUCAUUGUGGAUCAUGUUAUGGUGCUUUACCUCAAGAUAAAAAUCAAUAUUGUUGUAAUUCAUGUGAAUCAGUAAGAUUAGCUUAUGCUGAAAAGUUAUGGGGAUUCUAUGAUGGUUCCAACAUUGAACAAUGUGAAAAGGAAGGUUAUGUGAAAAGAAUUACUGAAAGAAUCAAUAAUCGUGAAGGUUGUAGAGUUAAGGGAACUUCUCAAAUUAAUAGAAUCUCCGGUACUUUAGAUUUUGCUCCUGGUGCCUCCUUUACUAUGAAUGGUAAACAUGUUCAUGAUCUUUCUUUGUAUCAAAAAUAUCCUGAUAAAUUUAACUUUGAUCAUAUUAUUAAUCAUUUAUCAUUUGGAGCCAUUGUUCCAGAUGGAUUAUCUACUCAUCCAUUAAAUGGUCAUAGUUCAAGCUUAGGGGCAAAAGAUCAUAUGUUUUCUUAUUAUCUUAAAGUUGUUGCCACUAGAUAUGAACAUAUGUUAAGUAAAAAGGCUGAUACUAUCGAUACCAAUCAAUUUUCUGUUAUUACUCAUGAUAGACCAUUAAAAGGUGGUAAAGAUGAAGAUCAUCAACAUACCUUACAUGCUAGAGGAGGUGUACCUGGUGUAUUCCUUAACUUUGACAUUUCUCCAUUAAAGAUUAUCAAUCGUGAAGAAUAUGCUAAGACUUGGUCAGGAUUCGUUCUUGGAGUCAUUAGUUCAAUUGCUGGAGUUUUAAUGGUUGGAACUUUAAUAGAUAGAUCUGUAUAUGCCGCUGAAAAGGCAAUCAGAAGUAAAAAAGAUUUAUAAGUAAGUACAUAAUAUUAAUUAAUAAUAAAAAGUUUUAUAUCAAUAUUAAA